UAUAUAAAAGUUAUUUUUUCUUUAAAAAAACUUGUAAAAAAUGCCCUUAAGCUUAAAAUCUUUUAAUUAAUUUAGUUUGAUCAUCAGAUGCAGAGGAGAAGCUUCCAUAACUGAGGAGAGUGUAGCGAACGACAAAACAAUCAGUGGGAAACGUUCCUCGACAUGCCUAUUAGAACCUUCAUAGAGGUGGAGCCUCCAAGUCCUCUCAGAUACCUAAUCGGAGCCGCCGUAAUGAUGAUCGGAGUUGUUUUACCGGUCGGUUACAUGAUGUUCCGUAACAAACGCGUUCCUUCCCCUUCCUCCUACACCAAACAGACGAACAAGGUUUUGAUAUAAAGACGCGGUGGUGGGAGUGAUGAGGUGAGAAGACUAUGAUUUAGUAGAUUUAGGUUUGUCUUUGGCUUUGUUUGGAGGAAAUGCUUGAUUAGGUUAGAGGUAUUGACAGAUCUACCAUUUGUUCAUUUGUAAAAAUGCAUUGACAUUCCAAAUCUCCUAAGUGGUUAUUCACCUGAUUCUGAACUCUGUAUACAUGCCACUGUCUUUCCAUUUUUUACUUAUAGAGUUCAAUGUUGUUCA